GCUGGGCACGAAGAACAGACGAUACGUGUAUUGCUGGGCAGAGGGUCGGAGUGUCUCCUGUCGGAACUGUAUUGACACAUCGUUGCUCUAUUUGAGGGGCCCGAAGCCGUUAUGUCAGGAUUCGGGUGGCGGUGAGACGACAAGCUCAAGCAGCAGCGUUCUUGGCGCCGAAAAGCGAGCGUACAACGAUGGCAGGUUGCCGAGAAACAACAAGUUGAGAGGGUCGACUGCCGAGACAAGACCAGUCGACUCGCAAAAGGGCGUUAAGAGCAACCGCCUCGAUCUGACGGGACGAGCUUACUGCUGAGGCUAGAUAGCACCAAAAGCCAAAGUGUUGGACCGACAAGCGGCAAGCUGACUAGCAAGCGGUGCUGUGAUGAUCGGAGUUGAAGAUGAGCGAUGAGCUGACAAGAGUAUGCAGCCCGCUGGCGGCUCCUCGUCUUCUCCAAUGGGAAGGCUGUUGCUUUCCUUCCUGUCCAACUCUGAGACCGUCUCGGAGAACAGUUGCAUUGGAAUGAUGUCGUUGCUUUUGGUCACCCCUUCCUCUUGUAAAAGUUGAGGCACCCGUGAGACAUCCAGAACUUAGUCCAAGUGUUGUGAAAGAUUACGAGCGACACAAACAAACGCCUGGUUUGUUUUGAUAUCAGACGGCGAGGAGCAGAGCAGGCAGUUGGGGGGGGGUGCGCGGGGAAUGAGGCCUUGUGGUCAGGACUCAGGGUGCCGCCGAGACGCCUCCGUCGGUGGGAGCUCUUGGAUCCCCUGUUGACAGCGGCGCUGUCAGCGAACAAGAAACCUGAAGUGCAACACAUAGUGCCUCUUUCUGCAGUGUGUCGAUCGGGAUUUCAGGGCGGGCGAAUUGGAUAAAGCGAGGGUGUUAGGAAGGGCCGGGUAACUGCGCUUCCAAGUGGUAUUCCAUUAUUCCAAAGAAAGCAAAACAGGUGAACACGACGGGCUAAGGUCAAACGAGAGGUGGGCAGUGACGACGGUGGUCAAUGGCAGAUGCUGCGCCCAGCACAACCCCUGUUCCCAGUUGACUCCGGCCGCUAGCUGCCCCACUCCAAACACCCUGCAGCAUUCCUCGCGCCAGUUCGGUGCCAGAGGGCCAGCCAUAAAGUCAAGCUCCCCAGAGGCUGCAGAUACAGGUGGCCUUCCUGACUCCAUUCCCCUUCCCAUCAUCAUCUCGACUCACCUGUUCUUGCUUUUAGCUUUGGAGGCUUGUGAAAGCACCAUCCCGUGAUACCCACUCGCUCACCCCGCGCAUUCUCAUCUUCGCAAUUUCCGGUUUUUACUUUCGAUCCCCUCGUUUUGCUGGCAGUCGGUGACAAUGUGUGGCAUUUUCGGUUACGUGAAUUACUUGGUGGAAAAGGACAGGAAGUUUAUCAUUGACACACUCAUCAACGGACUUUCCCGUCUCGAGUACAGAGGGUACGACUCGGCCGGUUUUGCCGUCGAUGGCGACAAGAAGAAGGAAGUCCUUGCCUUCAAGGAGGUAGGCAAGGUCGCCAAGCUGAGGCAGCUUGUUGAUGAGAGCAAGCCCGACCUCUCCAAGGUCUUCGACUCCCACGUCGGUAUCGCACACACUCGCUGGGCCACCCACGGUCCCCCCUCCCGUCUCAACUGCCACCCCCACAGGUCCGACCCCACAUGGGAGUUUUCCAUCGUCCACAACGGCAUCAUCACCAACUACAAGGAGCUCAAGACUCUCCUUGAGGCCAAGGGUUUCAGGUUUGAGACCGAGACGGACACAGAAUGCAUUGCGAAGCUCGCAAAGUAUCUCUACGACCAGAACAGGGGCAUUGGGUUCACCGAUCUCGCCAAGGCCGUUAUUAGCGAGCUGGAGGGCGCCUACGGUUUGCUCAUCAAGAGCGUGCACUAUCCCCAUGAGGUGAUUGCCGCUCGCAAGGGUUCUCCCUUGGUUGUUGGUGUCAAGACGCAGAAGCGCAUGAAGGUCGACUUCGUCGAUGUCGAGUACUCGGAUGACAACACCCCCCUCUCCGCCGAAGCCGCCUCCCAGAAUGUUGCGCUCAAGAAGUCGUCUGUCGCCGGUGGCCUCCUCUCACCUAACGGCCUGCUUGGAGCCCCCGACAAGUCGCUCCUUCACCGAUCGCAGUCCCGCGCCUUCAUGACCGAUGAUGGCCUCCCAAUGCCCACCGAGUUCUUCUUGUCGUCGGAUCCAUCGGCCAUUGUUGAGCACACCAAGAAGGUGAUGUACCUCGAGGACGAUGACAUCGCCCACAUCCACGAGGGUUCUCUCCACAUCCAUCGCCUCAAGAAGGCCGAUGGAAGCAGCAAUGUCCGUACCAUCCAGACCCUUGAGCUCGAGCUCCAGGAGAUCAUGAAGGGCAAGUUCGACCACUUCAUGCAAAAGGAAAUUUUCGAGCAGCCCGAGUCGGUUGUCAACACCAUGCGUGGUCGUCUUGACAUCGGCAACCAGACAGUAACACUCGGUGGUCUGAGGAGCUACAUCGCCACCAUUCGCCGGUCCCGUCGCAUUAUCUUCAUUGCUUGCGGUACUUCCUACCACAGCUGCAUGGCUGUCAGGGGUGUUUUUGAGGAGCUUACCGAAAUUCCUAUUGCCGUUGAGCUUGCCUCCGACUUCCUGGAUCGCCAGGCGCCAGUAUUCAGAGAUGACACCUGCGUCUUUGUGUCCCAGUCUGGUGAAACAGCCGACUCGCUGAUGGCUCUCAGAUACUGCCUCGACCGCGGUGCCCUGACUGUCGGUAUCGUCAAUGUUGUUGGCUCCAGCAUUUCCCUCCUCACCCACUGCGGUGUGCACGUCAACGCCGGCCCCGAAAUCGGUGUUGCGUCCACCAAGGCCUACACCUCGCAAUUCAUUGCCAUGAUCAUGUUCGCUCUCUCAUUGGGCGAGGACCGCGCUUCCAAGCAGAAGAGAAGAGAGGAGAUUAUGGAGGGUCUCUCUAAGAUCAGUGACCAGAUCAAGUCCGUCCUCUCUCAAGACCAAAAGAUCAAGGCUCUCUGCGAGAGCACCUUCAGAAACCAGAAGAGCUUGCUCCUGCUCGGUCGUGGCAGCCAAUACAGCACAGCGCUGGAAGGUGCCCUCAAGAUCAAGGAAAUCAGCUACUUGCACUGCGAGGCCGUCAUGAGCGGUGAGCUCAAGCACGGUGUGCUCGCCCUUGUGGACGAGAACUUGCCCAUCAUCAUGAUCCUCACACGUGAUGAUCUCUUCAAGAAGAGCUUGAACGCCUACCAACAAGUUACUGCUCGUGGAGGCAAGCCCAUUGUUAUCUGCAACGAAGGCGACGAGGAGUUCAGCGAGAACCAGGCCGAGAAGAUCGAGGUCCCCAAGACGGUUGAUGUUCUCCAGGGUAUCCUCAAUGUCAUCCCAUUGCAGCUGAUUGCCUACUGGCUCGCUGUUCUCGAGGGUCUCAACGUUGACUUCCCUCGUAACCUGGCUAAGUCGGUUACUGUCGAGUAGAGUGUUGGCAGCAGCCGGCACUGGGGGUGGAGUUGUAUGUGUGUAAGAAUACGGAUGCUACCGUCUGUUAAUUUCCCAAGCCAACUGGCAUUGGGCAGAAAGGGGGGGUACCCAAAAAAAGGAUAUCAGGUGUGGGUGGUACACCGAUGCUUUUCAAAGACUUGUCGUCUGCACUGGUUUUGGCGUGCCAAAGAAAGCGUAUUUUUGUGUUAUUUUCGCCCCAUGUCGAUUUUUUGUUAGGGAUUUACAAGAUAGUGGUAUACAUAUCUAGGAAAGCGAGUCGAAAUAAAGAGACAUGAACAGCAAAUUGGAGAGCAAAUCUGAACAUUUCUCGUGAUGCAAGGUUAGUCGUAACUUGAACCGGUGAGCCAUGCUG